AGGAUGGCCAAACCGUUCUAUAGACUGCAGCACUUCUUAAGGCGGGCUCAGUUGCUCCUCCUCUUCUUGGGCGUGGCUUACAUCGUGGCAGAAAGUGUGCUACUGCUUCAACGCUCCAGUGUGGUAAUGUUUGAAAGAGAAACAGAUACUGUCGCACUCCCCUCCCUACAGGCACCAGCUAAAGCCCUGGAGGUACCUGGUGAAAGAUGGUUCAACAGGAGGAAGGGUGCCGGAGUAAUUCAGGAUGUGGAGAACCAACCUCUUGAUCCUUCUGGCAGCAGAAUGGACCAGAGCCACCUCGUGUCUCGUAACCUGGAGAUCAGACAUCUGAGACGCCAUUGGUUCCACAGUAAUGGAGCUGAACAGCAAAGCUACACUGAACGCAAUCUAUUACAUAAGGAUGGCAGACAUAAAGGGACCUAUAUUGGAUGUUUCAUAAACAAUGAAACGGAGCAUGCACUUGGUGGAACCAUUCUUUAUGACUUCCGUAAAAUGACCAGUGCUUUGUGUCAGGACACCUGCUCAGAGAGUGGGUUCCGGUAUGCUGGGCUGGAAUAUGGAGCGGAGUGCCAUUGUGGUAAUCGUGUUUGUGCCCGUCGAGCUCGGAGAGAGGACUGCAAUCUGGAGUGCCGGGGACAGAAGGGCUCCCCCUGCGGAGGGGUGGGCCGUCUGUCUGUCUACAGAGUUGAGGAUCAGCUUCCAGGACAGAGGAGAUACAGAACGAUCCACUACUACGGCUGUUUCAACAGGCCAAAGAACUCUACUGCUGACUUCCUGAUCCAGACCUCUUGGAUGAAAAACACGCCUCAACAGUGUAUAGAGACCUGCACAGAUCAGGAGCUGUCUUUGGCUUUAUUGAGAGGUCGGGAUUGUUUCUGCAGCCACGCCCCCUUUCUUUUCACAAUGCAGAUGAGUGAGCAGGAACACAUGUGUGGGAGGGGCAACCAAACAAACCACACUUCCAUUUAUGACCUGGACUACUUUUGGGUCUACAGUACUCCUGUGCUGGAUGCAAAAUGCAAAGAACGCACAUUUCUGCCCCAGAAAUCCAGGCCCCUUGUAGCCCUCUCCAGCUUUCCAGGGGCAGGAAACACCUGGUUACGUCAUUUGAUUGAGCUGGCCACUGGAUUCUACACUGGCAGUUAUUACUUUGAUGGUUCUUUAUACAACAAAGGUUUUAAAGGAGAGAAGGAUUACUGGCAGAGUGGGAGAGUCAUCUGUGUCAAGACUCACGAGAGCGGCCAGCGAGAGAUUGAAAUGUUCAACUCUGCCAUUCUGCUAAUGCGAAAUCCUUAUCGCUCUCUGAUGGCAGAGUUCAACCGCAAGUGUGCCGGACACCUGGGCUACGCGUCAGACAUUCACUGGAAAAGCAAAGAAUGGUCUGAGUUUGUGGACAGUUAUUCAUCCUGGUGGGUGUCUCAUGCUCUGACCUGGCUGCGAUUUGCCCAUCGCCUGCUUGUGAUACACUUUGAGAAUCUUCAGAAAGAUUUUCUCCCUCAGUUAAAGACUAUUACCACUUUUCUGAACAUCAGCAUUCCAGAUGAAAGACUUCUAUGUUUGGAAAGCAACAGAGAUGGACAUUUUAAACGCUCUGGAUCUCAUAGUCUGACCUUUGAUCCCUUCACCCCUGAGAUGAGAGCUUGUAUAGAUAAACAUAUCCGCACAGUAGAUGAAGCCCUCAGACACAGAAAUCUCAGCGGCCUACCACAGGAGUACAUGCCCAGAUGAGACUACAUGAUACAUACUACUGCCCUCUACUGGAGGGGAGGAAACUGAACCACAAAGUGCCUGGAUACAAACAUGACCGACAGUUCGCAAAGCCUUUGGAAUGUUUUUGUUUGUCUACCAUUUGCUUGUGAUUUAGUUUGUGGUUGUGCUGUCUGCAGUUUGAUGUCUUACUGGCAUAAUUUUAAGUAAUAAUUUUAAUUAAUGAUAAUCUUAACCUUAAGGUAGAUUGUAAAAU